AUGUCAUCUUCUAAAUCACCAUUCAAAAACAGUCUGAGAGUGAAAAAGAGGAAGAGUAUAGCAGAAAUUCACUUCUAGGAAUUCAAUAUGCAGUUUAUAGAGCAUGAAAUACUUACCUCAGAUCAUAGAAAAGCAUCAGAGGCUAAUUAAAUGAAUUAGAUUGAUGUGAGUAAAUUUAGAAAGCUCAAGACACCUUAGCUAAUGGAGUCCAUAUAAAACUCAAGCUUUGGCCAAUAUGUUAUUAAUCAACCAAGAGAAAGCAAUAUGUCAAAGAAGAGUGUCAAUAAGAAUAAGGUGUUCUAAGUGCAUUACCCUAAAACUGGUUUUCCAAUGAUCAAUCAUGAUGAAGCUUACAACAUCAAAACUAAAAAUCUAGCAUAAAAAAGAAAGGAACUUCAAGCACUUUCUCAGAAUCAUAAUAAUUCAAAUAGAAAUAGGAGUGAUUUCGGACAUGAAAGACUCAACAGCAAUUAUGGUACAAGAUAGCAUGCAAAGACUUCUUUUAACAGUCCUUAGCGCAGACUCGUGUCAUAGUCUGAGGCAAAUAGAGAAAGACUUAACUAUCAUCAUCUCGAUCAUAACAUGUCUGCUAUAGAUAUGAAUCAAACUUAUAUAGAUAAUGGAAGACAGAGUGCUCUAGGCUCUUCAAUCAUACAGGAAUUUGAGUUCAGGCCAUAAUCAGUUAAUCCAUAUGCAGCAAUCGCAGAUUAAAACAAUGUCCAAAAAUAAUCGUUAAAGGAUGCUAAGGUGAUCUUCAAAUUUCAAGACAAGGGUAUAUUGAACUCGAGCAACCUAAAAAUGAACAAUAUUACGAAGAGAAUCAGCAACUAUCACAUCCUUAAAGAUCAUAGGAAAUUUACUCAGCAAAGAGCUUCUAGCUAGGAGAAAAUUAUGUCUAGAUCUUGGGUUGUAACUUCCAAGAGAAUGAAUCUAGGAUUUUAAACAGCAUAAGAAAUGACUUUAAUCUUGAUGCAGGUCGAGAACAUUAGAUAUCUUGACUUGUAAAAGAAUGCCCUAGGUGAUCAAAGCAUCACUAUUCUUAUGCAUUCUAUUAAGAGAUCUAAGUCCCUCUAUUAUCUGAAUCUAGCUUCCACUGCAAUUACACAGAAAGGAGCUAAAAGAAUUUUCAGAGCUUUGAGAAAGAAUGAAUCGUUAGUUUAACUUAGCUUAGGAUGUGUAGAUGGUGUAUACAGGAAUCGAAUAGGUAUGAAAGGACUCCAUGAAUUUAGAAAUAUGCUCUAAAAUAACAAGACUCUAAGUAUCCUAGACAUCUCAUACAACCGCAUUAUGAAUGAAGGUUUCAAAGCACUUAUCUUUGCUAUAGAAAACCAAGAAAGUAUCAUAUCUAUCAAUGUCUCAAAUAAUGAAAUCACGAAAGAGUCUCUAUUAGAGGUCAAGAACUCACUUGUAAACACAAGCCUGCAAUCCCUAGAAAUAAACAACAAUGCUAUAAGUAAUGAAGGUCUGGAUGUGCUUCUAGCUAAUCUAAAAGCAAAAUACAAGUCAAAGUUGAUAAGACUUGAUCUCUCUAUGUGCAGUCUUAAUCAUAAGAUAUUCGCCAAGAUUUUCCCGAUUAUCUCCAAGAACCAAUUUCUUAGGUUUCUGAUACUAGACAAGAAUAACUUUGCUAAGGAUGCAUUUUCAAACAUUAAAGAAGGGCUGAGGAAUAACGUCACACUCAAAUGUCUGAAUGAUGAUGGUGCAAAGACGAUUGGAGAGUGUAUAACAACAGCAGGGCAUUUAUAGAUCCUUAUUCUAAGCAAUAACUCAAUUACUGACAGAGGAAUGGAGUAUAUUAGCACUGGGAUUACUAAAGCCCCACUAAAUCGAUUUGCUUUAUAGACUCUUGAUCUCUCAUUCAAUCUAAUUAGUGAUUUGAUAUGCUACAACAAGACAAUAAGGACUAUAAAUUUCAAGUCAAACUUGCUCAGAGAUAACUGUGGCAAAGCCAUACUAGAAGGUCUCAAUACUCACAAUAAAUACAUGAGCAAAAUUGAACUGACACUUAAUUAGAUAUCAUUCGCUAUCCUUGAGCAAAUAAAAAUAAGACUUCGCUAGAAUGAGUAGAAAGAUGCAGUUCACAAGACUAAGCAUUACUUUAACGAGAGACUAAAGGUCUUGUCCAAACAAGAGCGCACCUAGAAUCUUCAAGCUUAGGAGCAGUACGAAAAGGCUUGCUAGGAAUUGGUAAAGAUAAACUUAAUAGCAGAUGAUAAGCAGGAAAAGAUGAACAAGAUGAUAGACAGCGUGAAAAAUCAGAUUAAAAAGCAAGAGAUUGACUUAGACUUGUAUUUGCAGAAGAGCCAGCAAAUCGACAAGUACUUCAAGAAGCUUGACUUUGAAGCAAUAGUCAAGUAGAAACUGAAGGAAAGCGAGUUUUCACAAUUGGAGAAGAGCCUCAAGCAGUUGAGCUAGCAUAAUGAAACGAUUGAGCUGAAUUGCUAAAAGCUGAAGCAGAAGAUUCACAGGAAGCUAGACUUCUACAUUCAGGAGGUUAUGGAUAUACAGCUGCAUAUAGAGGAAGAGAAAUAGAAGGCCAGUCCUAUUAAGGAGAGUGCAAGAGCAGGUGGGGAAGAUAGCAAUAAUAACUAGAGUCCCAGUCAGUCUUUCAAUAAGUCCUUUAGCAAGAGUCCAGCACAGCUUAUUAAAAAAGCUUUGCAGCAAUAAGUAUUAGGCUCGCCUUUAAAAAUAAAGAGACUUGAUUCAUAGUAAUUUUGA